UUUAAGUGUACGAACAGCUUUUCUCUGUCCCACUGCCAUCAACAGCUCCUGCAAAUCAAAGACUAAGAAUUGUAUUGUAUCUGUGUAUUAUCUGUACAGGCUGAAGUGGUGUUGGUUACACAUGGUCACUGGAGUUCUAACAUAUAAACCAAUGACACAUCAAGCUGAAUUUUGGAUUUUGUUUUGAGGUGAAUAGUGCCUGCACAAAAAACGAAAUUGAGGAACAUGCUGGAUAGUUUUGUGCAGAACAUUUCAUUCACCCAGUUUAAACUGAAUGGCUUUUAUGUUUUGGGAGAAUGGAGGCCUUUCCUGUUCAUUCCCUAUUUGCUGAUGUUUAUAUUGGCUAUUGUAGCAAAUUCUGUGCUGCUGUAUGUAAUAAUAGCUAACAGGGCUCUGCAUUCUCCCAUGUUUGUACUGACUGGUCUCAUAUCAGUUGUGGACUUAAGUGGACCCGUUCUUUUUUUACCUCAGAUGUUGUUUAGUUUCUUAUUUGACUGGAAUGAGAUUUCUCUUCUGGGUUGUUUAAUACAAAUGUUUUGUAUUCAUUAUUCUGAAACAUUUCAGUCUACAAUAUUGCUGAGUAUGGCACUGGAUCGUUACUUUGCUAUAUGCAGACCUUUGGAGUAUCAUAAGCAAAUGCAAGUAUCAAACUUUUUAAAAUACAUGAUAGUGCCAUUAAUCAGAAAUGCUGUCUUAGUUAUAUCAAUGAUCGUUCUGGCUGCAAAACGGUCUUACUGUUCAACAAAUGUUAUAGAUCACUGUUUUUGUGAGCAUAUGGCAUUGGUUAACUUGGCAUGUGGAGACAUUUCUAUGAACAACUUGGUUGGACUUUUGACUGCUUAUCUUGUACCAGCUGUAGAUUUAGUUUUCAUUACUGUGUCUUACAUUAUAAUAUUCACCUCUGUACUAAAAUCUGGCAAGGCUCAUUAUAAAGCUUUGAAUACGUGUAUUACUCAUAUAAUUGUCAUCAUAUGUACCAUAACGUUUGCCUUAAUGGCCUUCAUGUCCUACAGAAUAAGAAAUGGUUUCUCUCCCAGCAGCCGUGUCUUUCUUAGUACUAUGUAUAUACUGUUUCCGAGUUGCUGCAACCCAAUCAUUUAUGGACUGAGAACAAAAGAAAUAAGACACCAUAUUAUUAAAUUAUUUAAACAGCUAAAAAUUAUUCCCUUGUAAUUAUGCUGGGUUGUAGCACUGUGAUUGGAAAUAUUAUGUUCACAUGGCCAAUCUAAACUUCUAAAAUCUUCUAUUUGGGUUUUUUAUAAAAUAUAAGUCAUUAAAGCCUUAGCUACUGCUGAGCAACGUG